GAUGCGUCACAGGUGUGCGUUUUUACAGCGACCUCGAGCUCUGUUCAGCCAAUCACAAGCGUUUACCGAAGCUCCAUUUUGCACCCAAUUUUGCGGGAUUUCAUAGUGCGACGUCUCUGCUAGAACAGUCACCUACGACCCUGAAACAACAUGGGGAGGCUGAAUUUUUAUGUCCUUUGGUCUCUGCGAGACGCUCCACGCCAGUUUAUCAGCAAAUCCAACCGAAGGUGCUUCCAAGUCCACAUCCCGCUGCCUCUGCCCAAACAGCUGGUCAUCUUUGGUCUAGGAGAGUGGCCAGGCAGUGACACAACAAUCUCAGUUGAUGUUCUGGUCAGUGCAGAGGUACAGUCCCAGAAUAUUGGGACUCUGUCAGUUCAAGCAAGGUGCCUUACCUGGGAAGGUGACUGGAGCACGGACAUUGUCACAGUGGCAGCAGAGAGGGGCAGGAGAGGAGUUUAUGGCAAGAUUGUGCUCACAGUGUGUGGAGAGCCACAGGAUAAAGCCAGUGUCUUCAGCAGUACUCCUCUGGUUCAAAGGAAAUGUCUGUUCCCAGAACAGCACACUGCAACUGAUCUCUCCAGCACAUUACAUGAAAGUGCUGCAAAUGAAACGAUGACUAGCUGUUCCUCACAGUUGGGUGAUAGUGUUUGCUUUGCUGAGAUCCAAGUGAAUAGAAUCGACACCAGUGAUUCCACUGUGGGAAAUAAACCGCCAGUUUGGCCUACGGACAAGACACCCAGGCGGACAGUAAUUAAUAAGAGAGGCUACCUGACAUGGAGCUCUGAGGACAUGGACAGCCUUGCUGAGGACAUAGACCAGGCUUCAACCCCCAAGAAAAAGAGACUGUCCAGGAUGAACAGCCAAGAAGAAAUGACAGUGCAGAUAAAGAAUGCGAACAGAGAAGUUUCAGUGUGUCCAUCGGCUCGCUGGAGCCAUACGAUGUGUCUGAGUGACCCUGACACUGCCAUCCUCAUUGGAGGGGAGACGGCAGAUCAAAACUACUGCAAGGACUCCCUGUGGAAGCUUGAGUUAGACAGUGACUUCUGGUUCCCCAUGAACUCCUCUCUGUCUGAAUCUGUACCACUGUGUGCCCGGGGACACUCUGCGACCUAUGACCCAGACUCCAAGUCAGUCUUUGUUUACGGUGGCCUGAGGGAGGGUCAGCGCUACAGCGAGCUGUACAUCCUUAAUACCCUGACCUGGAAGUGGAAACUUGUCACUGCAAAAGGGAAUGUUCCAACUUUGGCAUAUCACUCUGCAGUGUUUUAUAAGAAAGAGCUUUUUGUCUUUGGCGGAGUCCAGCCGGGCACUUCUUCUGGGGAUAAAUCCUGCAGUAAUGCUUUGUACAUCUUCAACCCAGAGUUUGAACUCUGGUACCAGCCCAUUGUGGAGGGAGACAGACCUCUGCCUCGGUUUGGGCACUCGGCCACGCUUCUCUCACAGAGGUUGAUAAUAUUUGGUGGCCGGAAGACUGCAACCUACCUUAAUGAUCUCCAUGUUCUAGAUCUGGGGUUCAUGGAGUACACAGCUGUGAAGUGUGGGAACAUGCCACCACUGCCUCGAGGGUUUCAUGCAGCACUCCCAGUUUCAGACAACAGGAUUUUAGUCAGUGGGGGCUGCAGUGCAAUUGGAGCCCUGCAAGACUUGCAUAUCUUCAGCACUGAUACCAACAUGUGGAGUUCAGUGGCAUCUCCUGUGCUUUGCUCCAAGCCUCGUGCUGGACACAGCAUGAUAAGUUUGGGCUGCUCCUUCCUAACAGACACUGACAAGCACGAACAGGGUAAAAACGUCAAAGUCCGGUGCACAUUGCUGGUGUUCGGUGGCUCGGACUGCUCUGGUACCUUCUACAACGACACAGUCAAGUGCACAGUGGAGGUACCUGAUGACAAGUGACAAGAAGAAAUCCAAGCAGGACAAUUGUUUUCUAAUCUUUAAAAAUGGAGAAUGAAGCUGCAAUCUAGUAUGUCCAAGUGUAUUUGUCUUAAGUUAUUUUUCUACGUGGCUCUUUUUCUUUACAUAUUAUAUAAUUGUAAUGAUGUGUUUGACAGCUUACACUUUACUGUAGCCUCUUUUUUUAUUUUUUAUUCCUGAGUCUCUUCAAUAACCAUCCAUGCUUCCACCAUACAGCCAAUAAGCUGCAAGAGUUGGGCACUUUGCAUAACAAAUCUGUGAUCUGUGUUUUUUACACAUUACUUCAUUUCCUGUUCCUCUUCCUCACAUAUUGGUACAUAUUUGACAGUAAAGUGCUAGACUAGGCAAAAUGGUUAAAACAUUUUUAUCAAAAUGCUAAUAAAUAUGUCAAAAUUCA